AUGUCGUCGAUACAUGACAACGUAGGACCAACCAAAAGAAACACAACAUCAACGUCUACGUCAAUUAAUCCAAAUAUAACAGAAAAUGAAUUAAAUACAGUACAAUCUAAUCAUUUGCACGAUGCUGGGAAUAAAUCGAACGAUCAUUAUAAGUCAAAAUUAUCACCAUUACGUUACAAAUUAAGGACAUUAUGUUUGCCAAUUAUAAGGAAGGAAACUGAUAUAUUGGCCAAUAUGCAAAAGAAAAUUAGGCACCCCCUUUUAGACUUCUAUUUUGCAUGGACAGCCAAUCUAGCAUCACAUACAUUUUACGUCUUAAUGUUACCAUUGCCAAUCUGGUUUGGUGCCAGUACAUUGUCAAGAGAUUUAAUAUCAGUAUUGGGACUCGGUAUAUUUGUAAGUGGUAAUUUGAAGGAUCUCUUAUGCUUACCUAGGCCGAGGUCCCCACCACUUCAUAGAAUUACGAUGUCAUCAUAUACAACUCAAGAGUAUGGAUUUCCGUCAAGCCAUAGUGCCAAUGCUACAGCAGUUACAUUGGUUUUACUUGCGAAGCUUUAUGAGGUUCAAGACACUCUCGAGCCGUUGACAAAAAUUGGUAUCUUUUGCUUUUUGAUUAUAUAUUACUUUUCGCUUAUAUUCGGUAGACUUUAUUGUGGUAUGCAUGGGUUCUUCGAUGUGUUUACUGGAUCAGUUAUCGGUAUCGUUUUGUUUUUGUUUAGAUUUUUUGUUGGUAAACAAUGGGAUCAAUGGUUACUAGCUAGCCAUAAUGAUUCUAUAUUAGGAUUGGUCCUUACUCCAUUAUCCAUUAUAGCAGGAUAUUUACUCUUAAUACACUUUCAUGUUGAGCCCGUUGAUGACUGCCCAUGCUUUGAUGAUUCUGUUGCAUUUAUUGGUGUUUUGAUAGGAGUUGACAUAUCUCACUGGUUAUUGAGUAUCACCAACUAUUUGACGUAUAAGAACCCAUUUGAAGAUCCAAUACUUGUAAGAUUCGAUUUUGACGAAUUUGGUGUUCUCAAGUCGACUAUUAGGGUCAUUAUGGGUGUGACGUUUGUUGUUAUUUGGAAGACAAUUUCAAAGCCAGUAAUCUUUACAGUUUUACCUCCUAUUUAUAAGAUCAUUGGUGUUUAUUUACCUAGAAAAAACUAUCAGCCUACAGCAUUUUCGAAAAAACCACUAGACAGAUCAGAUCGCAAUCUUUAUCGAACAUGGAGGGAACACAAUCAAUUGGUGAUUUUAAUACUUUUAUUAAAGGUGUCACUGAUCAUAACCAGAAGGACGAAGUUGGCCCAGAGAAUGACAUUGAUUAUUAUGAGAUGCUAG